GUUUGGUAGUCGAUUCGCUGAGACGAAAACUUGUUUCCCAGCAAACGCUCUACACUCACCAAAAACAACCCGACCAAAACGGUUCUAAUUCAGACUGAUCUUAAUCACUAGCGAGUGACCCGCUGCAAUAACAAAAUACUGCCACCCCCUCGCUGCGCCGCCCAGAACAGGUGUUAGUUGCCGUUUGUCACCUGCAGUAGCCUGCUAGUCGAUUGUCGUUUGCUGCUCAAAGAAUGUUCGCCAAAGCAGCGCUGCUUCUGGUGCUGCUAUGCGCCGCGAGCGCAGCCACCGCCGCCGCCGACCUGGCGGACAAAUUGCGCGAUGACUCGGAACUCUCGCAGUUCUACAGCCUGCUGGAAAGCAAUCCCAUCGCCAACUCGACGCUCUCGCUGCGCAGCUGCACGAUCUUUGUGCCCACCAACGAAGCCUUCCAGCGCUACAAGAGCAAAACUGCCCAUGUGCUCUACCACAUCACAACUGCGGCGUACAGCCAGCAGAAUCUGCCCAACACCAUGUCAUCGGACAUGGCUGGCAAUCCGCCACUCUACAUCACAAAGAACUCCAAUGGCGACAUCUUUGUGAACAAUGCCCGGAUCAUUCCCUCGCUCAGCGUAGAGACCAACAGCGGUGGAAAGCGCCAGGUCAUGCACAUCAUUGAUGAGGUGCUGGAGCCGCUAACCGCCAAGUCUGGCGACUCGGACACCAUCAGCAAUCCGGACGCCCUGAAGUUCCUGCAGCAGGCCGAGCAGCUCAACCUGGACAACUUCAAUGUGCGCACCUACCGCAACCAAGUGACCCUGGCCAAGAAGGAGUCGGUAUUCAAGUCUCCCGGAACUCACACCUUCCUUCUUCCCGUUGACGAGGGCUUCAAGCUCUCGGCUCGCAGCAGCCUCGUGGAUGCUAAGGUCAUUGAUGGCCAUAUGAUUCCAAACACUGUCAUCUUCACUGCCGCCGCUCAGCACGACGAUCCUAAGACUUCCGCCGCCUUUGAGGACCUUCUCAAGGUUACCGUCAGCUUUUUCAAGCAAAAGAAUGGAAAAAUGUACGUCAAGUCCAACACGAUUGUGGGUGAUAGUAAGCACCGGGAGGGCGUCGUCCUGGCCGAGAUCGUCAAGGCCAACAUUCCAGUGCGCAACGGAGUCGUCCAUCUAAUCCACCGACCGCUGAUGAUCAUCGAUACGACGGUUACCCAAUUCCUGCAGUCGUUCAAGUUCAUGAACGAGAACUCGGAGAACGGCGCACUGCGCAAGUUCUAUGAAGUAAUCAUGGACAAUGGAGGAGCAGUCCUGGACGACAUCAACAACCUAUCCGAGGUCACUAUUCUGGCCCCCAGCAAUGAGGCUUGGAACUCAUCCAAAAUUAAUAAUCUUCUGGGAGAUCGCAAAAAGUUGAGGCAAAUCUUGAACAUGCACAUCAUCAAGGACCGCUUGAACGUGGAGAAGAUCCGGCAGAAGAAUGCCAAUUUGAUUGCCCAGGUACCCACAGUCAACAACAACACUUUCCUGUACUUCAACGUCCGCGGCGAGGGAUCGGAUGCCGUCAUCACGGUCGAGGGUGGCGGUGUUAAUGCCACCGUUAUCCAAGCUGACGUGGCCCAGACCAACGGCUAUGUCCACAUCAUCGAUCAUGUUUUGGGUGUGCCAUACACCACUGUUCUCGGAAAACUGGAGUCCGAUCCCAUGAUGAGUGACACCUACAAGAUGGGUGAGUUCUCGCACUUCAACGACCAGCUGAACAACACGCAGCGCCUCUUCACCUACUUCGUGCCCCGCGACAAGGGCUGGCAGAAGACCGAGCUGGACUACCCAUCAGCUCACAAGAAGCUGUUCAUGCCCGACUUUUCCUAUCAUUCCAAGUCCAUUCUGGAGCGGCACUUGGCCAUUGCGGAUCGCGUCUACACCAUGAAGGAUCUCGUGCAAUACUCGCAGGAGAGCGGCAGCGUCAUCCUGCCCACAUUCCGCGACUCGCUAAAGAUUCGCGUGGAGGAGGAGAAUGGACGCUAUGUGAUUACCUGGAACCACAAGAAGAUCAACGUCUACCGGCCAGAUGUGGAGUGCACCAACGGAAUCAUUCAUGUCAUCGACUAUCCGAUCCUGGAGGAGAAGGACGUGGUCGUCAGCGGAGGUAGCUAUCUGACAGAAUCAACCAUUUGCAUCACCUUGGCCAACCUCAUAAUGAUAACAGUAGCAAAGCUCUUAAACUAAACGCAUCCGAUAUGUAUAAACAAACACAAUCCAAAGCAAAAUGCAAAUCAGACACAGAACAUCAACAAAAGUACUACAGAAACAACAAAAGACAACAGUCGCCUUCUCAAGAACUCAAGAAAAACAACCAGAAAAUCUCUCAAAAUCAGCAUUAGACUAAUGUGACAUCCGAAAAGGGAUGCAUUAAUCAGCACCAGCUUGUUGAUAUUGAUCGAAAACCAUGAAAUCUGUAUCUGUAAUAUAUGUGUCACAAGGAACUAUCAUCAUUCCAACAUGCCACGCCCACGCCCAUGUACACCCGCCCACAAACACACACACAUAUUGAAGCAUAUACACGCAUGCAGACAACUGACUGCCGGAUUUGCAUUAGCAUAGACCACGUUUUAAUUCCGAAGCUGGUCAGAGUAAUUAAGAUAACGACGAGGAAGAAAUCCAUUUAUUUUUAAGAUUUGACUCAAUUCCCUUCAAAGGCCUUAUGUAUUAUAUGAAACAUAUAGAACAGAGUGUAAAAGUUUAUAAUUUUAUGUUCAACCUAUACUGGUAGAAUCGUCAGCUCGCUAUGUUUUAAGUUUUGACCGUCUGCCCAUGUCGACGAAUUGAAUUGCAAGCACGGAAUAUCCGAUUGUGUUUAUGAUUUUAAGUGUACAUUUUUUUUAUGUGAAUUGCUUGUUUUAGUUAAUGGUCUAAUUUAUGAUUUAUGAUGUGAGUUAUCUUAAGUAGAUGUCGAAGCAGAAGCAUUAAGCGCAUCACAUACUCUCAUACUCGUACGCCAACGCCUACACUACACUAAACAUAACAUUAAAAUUAAAUUUAAAAUUACGAGAAAAUCACAACACACACACACACAUAAGUACAUACGAACAUGUAAUACGAAAAUCAUUUUAAGAUUCGAAAAAGUGUGAAAAUUUUAUAAUAAACUGAAAGUUUUUCAUUUGAACCUAAGUA